CGAUUCCGGAGCUAUCCAUACCCCCCGUACUUCUCACGCUAUAGGAUACCGCAUUCCAAGAAUAGUAUCAUUUCCUACGCUCCAAGACUGGAAUAGAAGUGCGCUCCGGGUACGCUAUGUGUUCACAUACGCUUUAUAUGCCAUGGCAAUGUCACACUAUUCUUUGCUGUUCCUGUCCACGAGCCUGCCCUGAGUGUUGCUGCCGCCCGCCGUAGUGCAUUGUCUUAUCUCCGCCGAAAGCCAUUUCUCUCCUCCGGCCAUUUCUCACACGAACUGGAGCUGGUCUCCAACAUUCUGCGGAGUCUGAUAAUGAGUCCAAUAAUUAGCAAUUUCAUCCUCCAGGUGAAAAAGUGUCGCUCUGCAUUCGACAAGCUCAGAAAGGAAUAUAUACAGGGUGAUGAGUUGCUGAGGUACAGCGCAUUCACUUUCGCAUUCGCAUUCGCAUUCCUUACUCCUUACCAUUCUUUUUAUGCCCCGCUGCUGAUCCCCCAUACUCUGGCAGCAUCGAUAAAGCCAAAGCGCAAUUGAUUCCCACAGCCUCACCCUGGGAUAUCCUUCCUGCUGAAAUCCAGAUCGAGAUAUUCGCUCAUUGCAGCAUCGGGGAUCUGUUACCGUUAAAACUGGUCUGUCGAGCAUUCUACCAGCUUCUCACCCUGCACGAACAUGAAAUUAGUCGGCAAUAUCUUCGUCGACGUCGACAUGGGUCACUCCCCUCUCCGAUAAUGCCUGGGACGACGCAUACUCGAAAUCCACAAGACGAUGUAAUUCUUCUUUCGGAUCUUUUCCCCCCUUCGAAGAGUGCCAAGGGCGGUUAUUUAUACACAUACAGAUAUUUGCAUAGCUUGCGACGUCGGCAAAGAGUAUGCUCCAAGCUAUGCUAUUAUCUUGCAGAUCGCGUGGUGGAUAGGUUCUUUCGCACCGAGUCGGCGUUUGUAAAGUCCAAAUUUCCCUCGAAGAGUGAGCGGAAUGCUCUCUUUCAACGUGGGGUAGCCUGUAUAUUGUUUAAUUUCACCCCUCUCAUGUACUAUACGUUAUAUUUCCUCGAGACAUACUCCCUCGCCAGGCGGGAGCACAGAAACAGUCUCCUACGGGCUUUCGAAACCGGGCGUCUGCCAGUACCCAUUCCUGCGGACAUUCGGAAAACCAUGUACCGAGAACUGCAAGCGAAGAUACUCCGGUCACCCCCCUUCACAGACACCAACACUCUCAUCUCCACACAUCAUUGCAUGCACCUCCUUGUUUCAUAUCUACGACAUACGGUACCCCCAGACGAGUCUGGAGAGUUCGACGACAGCUGGAUUGGGUCUUUACUCACGGUGUCGCCGUUAUUGCGAAUAGUGGAAUUCUUCUCCGCGGAGAUAGGCGACGGUGGUAGUCAGCGCACGCAGCGGAAGGAUUUUAUGUACAAUUUUCAUAAUGACAUAGAAACUAACGAAAGAGACGAUAUGAAUUCAUUGGUUUUCGAGCCCAACCCCAACAGCCAUAUCCAUGCCUCAGUAAGUGAUGUCUGGUUCGACGUUGCCAGGGAGGAAUUGGGGUCGAGGAAGGCCGUGCCGCACCACAUGGAGAAGGUCUGGGUUUGGGAGGGCGUGCCCAUUCUCUUUGGGUGUCGGCAUUGUGGUGAUGACUCCAGGGGUUGGUGUGCUUAAUGCCGUGGGAGAGUCUAUACUAUACGUGGGAAAUGUUGAAUUAGAAUAAUCAGCAUAGUAGCCAACAAUAUGGGUUAAUAAUACCAUUUUAGUCUGC